CUUCACAACCCCCGCAUGCACCAGAUGUUUCAAUAUGACUUCAGAAGUUCAGCCCAUCCCCUAUAUUCACCUCCUUUGCAUGCUCGAAUCGGCCUCCGAUGCCUUCACUCGAGCGCUAGGAGAGUAUGGAAUUGACCAGUCUUUGCUUAACUUCACAAUCCACAACACGUUCCUGUCUGACCUGCCACCAUCCUUGAAUUUCGAUUUGGUAGUGUCGCCAGCAAAUUCAUAUGGCAUUCUAGACGGCGGUUUCGAUGAUGCGAUAUCGCGGGCCUUUAGCCCAAAGACGGAAUAUGACGCUCUUACACGCGUUGCGCAGAAAGAGCUGUAUCGUCUGCAUAGCGGCUAUCUCCCACCAGGCUCAUGCUGCAUCGUCAAAAUACCAGAGUCGUUUCGGGGAACGUUGCGGUAUAACGACGGGAAUGGAUGGGGCUGUCGCUAUCUGGCUCUGUGUCCUACCAUGCGUGUUCCUAGUCCCUGCGAUUGGGACAGAGACGUUGUGUACGAAUGUAUCUGGAGCUUAUUGAAUGCGAUCGAGCAGCAUAAUAAUAAAUCCGCAGCGGAGGAGGGCAGUAGUAGUAGUAGUGCCGGCUCAGCGAAGAUAGAAUCUAUCUUGAUGACGCCGUUGGGCACUGGUACGGGAGGUAUCAGCGACGACAAAUGGGCAAAGCAGACGGUCCUGGCUAUCAAACAUUUCAUCGAUGCGAAGCAGCAUCCGGAGAAAUGGUCCGCGAUGAACUGGAGAGACACCGGGAAGAUUGAUAUCCAGUUAUUAAAAACUCAGAAUCCGAAGGUAAUAGCACAGUACUACCAGCGCUAGGCUCAUGGCUACCUAUCAAUAUGCGUUGUAGACUUGCUUGUUAGACUGAAGUAUCUAGGGAAAUAUACGAGCGGUAGCUAAACGUCGAGAGGUAACCCUGCCAUGUCUAUAAAGCCAUUUUGCUAGCGACAAGGGUGAUAUACUAUAUACUAUAACAUCUAUUCAAAUUGCCUUAACCUGCCUCUGGAACCUGGGGAUCUGUUUCGUGAACUUUGCAGGGUCAUCCCUGGCACCCUCUUUCCAGUACUCGUACUCGAUCCACGCAUUCUCGGGCAUUUGCUCCUCCAUAGCGGCCAUCCAAUUUCCCAAGUCUGGGGAAAGCGCCUUUCGGGCUCUUGUUCCGCAAGAUCAUGCACUUCGCCGGGGUCCUUCGCAAGAUUGUACAGUUGCCAUCGCUCCGGGCCUUUAGGCUUGGGGAUGAAGACGAUCUUCCAGUCUCCCUUGCGGCAGGCUGCUCGUCCGCACGUCUCCCACCCGUUGAUAAAGUCCUUCUCGUGGAUC